AGUAAAUUACUUCACGUAAAAUACGGAAAAAUGGAUGAAGAGAAACUGAUUAAUCUGGUUCGUUCGCAUGAGUGUAUAUACGAUGUCUCCUCCCGUUUCUACAUGGAUCAACAUAUGAAAAGGAACGCAUGGCAGAAAAUUGCAGAAGAAAUGAAUAAAACCCAUGAAGAAUGUCAGAAGAUGUGGAGCUGCCAUCGUAACAAUUAUAGAAAAGCCUUAAAAAACAGGGUGUCCAAAAGCGGUGACGCUGCCAGAAAGAGGCGACCAAUUAAAUUUGAAAAGGAACUUGAAUUUCUGCAAAAGUUUUUUCAAGAUAGACCUCAGCUUUCAAAUUUAGACUCUUCUUCCGACGAUACACAGCUUUCCGAAGAUACGCAGAAUAUCGAAAAUACACAACCUCCCGAAACAGCAUCAACUGUUAAUUUUCCUGAAGCACAAUCGCCUGUAUCUCAAAUGUCAUGUUCAUCCCAUGCAUCAGAUUCUAGACCAGCUAGACAUGUUCGUCAACGAUCAUACAUGUCAUCGCAAACACAGUAUACGGAAACAACAGCAGAAAUAUUAAAAAAAUACAUUGAAAACCAAAAGAAAGAACAACAUCCUAUGGAGAUAUUUUUUCAAGCAAUGGCGGCAACAGCGAAGACUUUGUCACCAAAAUUACAAGCUGAAAUAAAACGCGAUGUCUUACGUAUUGUUACUGAUGCAGAAAUAAAGCAUUUGGAAAAUGUGGAGUUAAGUUCAGUUGUGCAGCGAAGUCGUCCUUCAACAUCAAGUUCAGGAUUCGAUAUUUCAAAUGAAUUUCAUUCAUCUCAGCAAUACGCACCAACUUCUGUUGCCAGAACCCAUAAUACAAUAAUCGAAAGAAGUAAUUUUUCUUCAUUUAAUAAGCCCGAACAACAAUAUAACACCGAACAAAACUAUGGUACUACUCAUACACAAUACAUACCUACUCCUAUAUCCAGACAUCAAAAUAAUAGUGAUAUAAUAUAUAACAAUAAUUCCAGUAUUAAAUUACCGGACUAUGAAAACUAA